CCGAGACUGGUCAAUACGUUACCGUUAACACGUCGGGCCUUAAACGACAAAUUUCGCUUUGUACUCGGCUCGAUUUACCCGUUCAUGGGACCACAGAACACCACAAAACUGAAUAGUUACCGACAGAUCAACCGUCAACGUACAAGCCGGAAGUCGUUGCAUUCUGGCUUCCAGUAGUAAUCUGGUCGCAGUCAGGCAAAAUCCACGAACCCUUACUUGCUCUAUCAUGUUGAGAAUCCUCACUCAAGCUGCAUUUGCUUUGGUUUUCAUACCUAGUGCAUAUAUCAUUUUCGGAUUUGUGUAUAGAUACUACCAGAGAUCUCUCAAGUUUCUUCGAGGCCCCCCGCGACCAUCCCUCCUGUUCGGAAAUGAUGAUGAACUAGUACACCAAGAGGAAGUAGGCAUUCUCGAGACCAAGUGGUUCAACGAGUACGGUACUGCCUUUCGCACGAGCUCUUGUUAUGGUGAAGACACAUUGAUGAUAGCAGAUCCUCGUGCAAUCCAAUACGUAUUCCACACUUCGGGCUACAGGUUUCCAAAAGGGAGAGACUCUCAGCAGGUAACAAAAAUGUUGUUCGGUCGUGGAAUUGUUUGGGCUGAAGGCGAAGUGCACAACCGCCAACGGAAAGCACUCAAUCCUGCAUUUUCUGCUUCUCAGCUGCGCCAAUUUCUCGAUUUGUUCCAGCGUUCGACUUCCCGACUGGCUAAGAAAUGGAAGGAAGAGGAACUGGUCGACGGAACGGGCAAUGGCAAAGUUAUCAAUGUCACGCACUGGCUCCCUAGGAUUACAUUGGACGUGAUAGGAGAAAGCGCGUUCGGUUAUGAUUUCGGGGCACUGGAUGGCCGUGCGAAUGAACUCGGAGAGAUCUUCAAGCAUAUGUUUGCCGAUUCUCGUCUCUACCCGGAGAGACCACUCAUACUGUGGCGAGCUUUUCGGCGUUCGAUUCCGGCCCCUCUAGGUGAUUUUCUCUGUCGAUUUCCGACCAAAGCAGAGAAGAGGUUCAAGGAGUUUUCAACCGCAUCUAAGAAGGUUGCAAAGUCAGUGUUUGACACUGCAUCCCUGCAAACAAAUGGAGAGGAGGAUCUGAAGGGAAGCAAGGACGUCCUCAGCGUACUACUCCGUUCAAAUAUGACCGCCGACCCAAAGAAGGCCCUUGACGAGGACGAGGUACUCUCCCAAAUGGCUACGAUAAUUCUAGCUGGACAUGAGACAACCGCUUCUACCACGACAUGGUUGCUGUAUGAGCUCGGGAAGUCGCUUAAAGACCAAAGUAGAGUCUACGAUGAAAUCCGAGAGAUGCGUAGCCGUAUUGGUCCAGACGUAGAACCGACUGCCAGCGAUUACGAUUCUAUGCCUUUCUUCAAUGCUGUCAUCAAGGAGGGAUUGAGAUUACAUCCAAUAGUACCUGCACUUAUUCGCCAAGCAGCCUCCGACGAUGUCAUUCCGUUGGAAUUUCCGGUCAUUUCUGAGUCUGGAGAAGAACUUUCGCAAAUUCCUGUCAGCAAAGGGCAGCGAGUUUCUGUUUCCAUCUCAGUCUAUAACAGGUUGACACAAGUUUGGGGCAAAGACGCGAACGAAUGGAAUCCGGAGAGAUUUUUGCAUGAAUCGAAGAAGGACACGACCCUGGGGGUUUACGCUAAUCUUAUGACUUUUAGUGCUGGUGUUCGAGCAUGUAUAGGUUGGCGAUUUGCGUUGAUGGAGCUUCAAGCGAUCUUAUUCGGUCUCCUUGAGAAAUUUGAAUUUUCUCCUGGACCCGAAGGCUUGGAUGACAUACAGCGUGUACCGGCAGGAUUGAUGAUCCCAAUGAAGAAAGGCCAUUGGAUGGAUGGUAUUCAAAUGCCGUUGCGCGUCAAGGUUCGGGACUGAAGACGAUAUCAGAGUGUCGGCAUUCCAAGGAAUACACUGAGUAUACAAGU